AUGAGGCUGGGGCAGGACGGGGACAGACGAGAGGGGGACAAGCAGGGUAGGGACAGAGGGGCAGACUGGAAUGGGGACAGGGACAAGCAGAGCGGGGAGCAGCCCCACACCGCCCUCCCAGCCAGCGUGGCGGAUCCGGGGCCCCCCACCCCUUUUCCCCCCAAAGGCGGGGCCUCUCCGCCCCUUUUCCCCCGCUUCUCCCGGCGGCGGCGGCGGCCGGAUGCGGGCGCUGGGGCUCGGGGCGCGGCUGGCACCGGGGGUGCGGGGGGCGCUGCUGGGGCUGUGGGGUUGCUGCUGGGAGUAGGGGCGCUGGAGGUACUGGGGAGACUGGGAGCGGUGCUGGGACUGGAGGGACUCGGAGCGCUCGGGUUCGGCGUGCUCUGGGGCACGGGAGGUGCCGGGCGUUCUGGAGCCCUGGGGGCGCUGGGGGCACUGGGGGCGCUGGGGGUGCUGGGGGCGCUGCUGGCGCUGCUGCCGCCCCCCGCCCCGGCCGAGACCUUCUCCGCGAUGCUGAGCGUGCGGGCAGCGCUGGGCGCCGAGCGCCGCCUGCUCCGCCGGCUCCGCUCCUACCUGCGCGACGAGAGCUCCCGCCUGCGCCUCCUCCGCAGGUUCUAUGAGAAGGUCCAGGCACUGCACCAGGACCCCGAGGCCUCGGUGGACAACCCCUUGCUGGCCUUCAGCCUCAUCAAGCGCCUCCACUCGGACUGGCCCAACGUCAUCUACAACGACGAGGCCACCAGGAACACCCAGGAGCUCCAUGCUGGGCUCAGGGAGAUGGAGCAGGAGCUGCCUGGAGCCGAGGACCUGGAGGGGGCGGCCCGGGCGCUGAUGCGGCUGCAGGACGUGUACGCCCUGAGCGUCAAGGGCCUGGCCAGCGGCGUGUUCCAGAGAGCCGGGCAGCCGCCCCUCUACAGCCCCGGCCGGCGCGCCCCCCUCUCUGCCGACGACUGCUUCCACGUGGGAAAGGUGGCCUAUGACACAGGUGACUAUUACCACUCCAUUAUGUGGCUGGAGGAGGCUGUCAGACUCUUCCGCCUCUCCUACGGCAGCUGGAACCUGGAGGACCGGAGCAGCCUGGAGGAUGCUCUGGACCAUCUGGCCUUCUCCUACUUCAUGGCUGGAAACAUCUCUCACGCCUUGAGCCUCUCCAGGGAGUUUCUCCGCUACGAUCCCAGAAACCAAAGGGUGUCCAGGAAUGUGGCCAAGUACAAGAAGCUGCUGGAGACGGGGACAGGGACAGGCACCAGGCCCCUGCAGCGCCCCAACAGCACCCUCCUGCAGAGCCGUGAUGCCUACGAGGAGCUGUGCCAGCGCCCCAGGGCACAGGCAGCCCCAGAGCAGCUCCUGCACCUCGGCUGCUCCUACGAGACCAACGGCAGCCCCUUCCUGCUCCUGCAGCCCGCCAAGAAGGAGAUGGUCCGGACCCAGCCCCACGUGGCUCUGUACCACGAUUUCAUCACCGACGCUGAGGCUGAGACUAUCAAGGGGUUGGCAGGGCCCUGGCUGCAGAGAUCCGUGGUGGCCUCUGGGGAGAAGCAGCAGAAAGCAGAGUACCGGAUAAGCAAGAGCGCGUGGCUGAAGGACACGGCCGACCCCGUGGUGCAGGCCCUGGAGCGGCGCAUGGCCGCCCUCACGGGCCUGGACCUGCGGCCGCCCUACGCCGAGCACCUGCAGGUGGUCAACUACGGCCUGGGAGGCCACUACGAGCCACACUUCGACCAUGCCACGUCCAUGAAGAGCCCCCUGUACAGAAUGAAGUCGGGCAACAGGAUCGCCACAAUCAUGAUCUACCUGAGUGCAGUGGAGGCUGGAGGCUCCACUGCUUUCAUCUAUGCCAACUUCAGCGUGCCCGUGGUCAAGAAUGCAGCCCUUUUCUGGUGGAACCUGCGCAGGAACGGGAAUGGUGACGGGGACACCCUCCACGCCGGCUGCCCCGUCCUGGCCGGGGACAAGUGGGUGGCCAAUAAGUGGAUCCAUGAGCAUGGGCAGGAGUUCCGGCGGCCGUGCAGCGCUGACCCUCAGGACUGAGCCGCCCUGGGACCACAGAUGUGACAUCUGAUGUGACAUCCGCAGGUGGCAAAGCCACCCCAGCACACCAUCUCAGCAUCUCCCCAAGGGCAGAGCAAGGGAGAGAAGGGGGCAGCAGCGGAGCAGGGCACAAUCAGGAGGGGCUUUUGCUCAACCACAGCCAAACUGGGUGGAAAUAAAGUCUUUUAUAAACCGGA